AUGUCCAGUGCAAGACCUGUUGAGAGACAGAAGGACAACGAUGCACUGAUGAAUUCCAAGGACUAUCAGUACAUCAUGGCAACAUCUGAAUCUGACAUGGGUUCCUCCACAUCGUCGUCCACAAAUAGUCCUCGGAGACCUAAAGCCCCUGCCAAGAAGCCAGUCCGGGUAGAUAACUCUAUCAAAUCAAAGGACUACCGCUAUAUUAUGGACACGUCAGCGUCAGACGUGUCGUCAUCUUCAUCUGGCAGGAGUCGUCGUGAAUCUGUUGGCGCAUAUGCUUCACCCUCAAGGAGCUGUCGAAACACUCCUCGUGGAUCUGUUGGCUCGUCUGCUUCGCUGUCUAGGAGCUGUCGAAGCAGUCCUCGUGAAUCUCCAACUGGUUCCGACAAUGCUAGCACAGAGCCUCCAAAGAAGCAGCUUCCAGGAAAUUUGAAGAAGCCAGAUGGCCGUAGCUCCGCUUCACCCAAGUCAGCUUCUGACACGUCAUCUCUAUCCCUAUAUCCAAGGUCUCUCACCGCCUCCAACCAUUCUGUGUGGUCCUCUGAGAUCCUGAGCAGCGUCUCUUCUGACUCGGAGAGUGUAUUCGAUCCCUUCGUGGAGGACCACCUUCAGCCCAGACCUUCCCCCAGGGAGCCAUCUGUAGAUGCCCAAUUCCCGGUGGCUGAGACAAUCUCCGAGAUCUCCCUUGCCAAUAAUAGUGAAGAGUCGUGGUUCACAGGAUCCAGGGAGUCCAACAGUUUCCACCAGGAAGAACUUCAUCACCGCAAAUUGUUGCUGGAUCAGGCCUGGGUGACAGGUGACAGGAAGCAGUCCAUGUCUGACUGGGUGUCCUCUGUCCACGUCUGGGAUGAUGAUGUUGCAAGCAACUUGGGAGUCGAAUCUUUCUUGACCAGACUCAAGACCCGGUUCCAGGGCACGUGGUGGCGCCUGACAAGAGGAAGGGAGACUCGGGUGCAGAUUAUCAAGAAAUCCUGCUCUGGAUCUGAAGUCGGCACCAGCGGUGGGGACGAGGACAAGACACCACGCAGGGAGAAGCUGCAGAAGAGAGUGCAGAGAUUCAUCUCCAGGGUGUUCAUUUGUGGAGGACUAUCACAGGCCUAGACACCAUUGGGGUCAGACCCAGACACAGUGCAUGUGUCUCUUUCAGGCCCAGACACAGUGCAUGUGUCUCUGUCAGGUUCAGACACAGUGCAUGUGUCUCUGUCAGGCCAAGACACAGCGGAGGUGUCUCUGUCAGGCCCAG